AUGUCCAGCAUGGAAGUGGAUCAACCCAAGGGGGCGGCUAUAAAGGAAUCAGGCGUCGCAUUGCACCCGCUCGCUUUGGUGCACAUGUCAGAUCAAUACACUCGAAUCUCUACUGGAGGGUCACCUUUGGACAAAAGUGCAGCCGUUGUCGGUCUAAUGUAUGGCUUUACAGAUGGCCAAGGUGUUCUUCAGAUUCAGGAUGCGGACGAUAUUCCUCCCGAAGCAUCGGAACAGACUCAACUCCAAGUUGACCUCCACAAAGCUGUCUUUCCGCUUCACUCUGUUGUCGGGUGGUACCGUGUUUCAUUGAAAGACGAAGAACCUUCACCAGAUGACCUGCAAACAACAAAGAAUUUGUCUGAACACUUCGCAAACUCCUUGGCACAAUUUUGUUUCUGUUUGUUGGAAGUACAGCAAGACACGAAGGAUACUACCGGCAGCUCGUUGAAUGAAGUCUUGCCUAUCAAUUUGUAUACCCUUCGUGAGGUAGAAAAUCAUUCUAUUCUUCUCGGCUUUGAUAAUUGGAAUCUGGAAACUUCUGAUCCAGAACGAAUUGCCGUCGAGCGGGUAAUGAAAGAACGUCCCAUGCAAGCUGAAGGAAGCCGGGCAAGUAAUUCCUAUGUCGAAAGCUCCAAUUCCAUCCAGACUUCGUUGGAUAGCAUGAGGGACAGAAUCAAUGUUCUGGUUUCCUUUUUGCGCUCCACUCAGGAGGGGAAAGUGCCCAUGAACCACCGUUUAUUGCGUCAAGUUCAAGUUUUGGUUCAUUCGCUUGGACCCAUCGCACAGAUCGCAGGUUCCGAAGCUCCCAGUGAGGCAAGUGAUGCGGAUAUAAUGACACACCUAGCAGCCGUUGCAAAGACUGUCAGUGCUGUCCAAUCAUACACAGAGAAGUUUCGGUUGAUUCAUGAGAACCGGAACCUGAACAAGGAAAUGCGAAGAGCCUUUUAG